AGAGAACUACGCCAGAGAAGUGACAGACUGGAGGAAUACACUGGAGAGAGACUAGAGAACAGAAAACUACGCCAGAGAAGUGACAGACUGGAGGGAUACACUGGAGAGAGACUAGAGAACAGAAAACUACGCCAGAGAAGUGACAGACUGGAGGGAUACACUGGAGAGAGGCUAGAGAACAGAAAACUGCGCCAGAGAAGUGACAGACUGGAGGGAUACACUGGAGAGACGAGAAAGUGGGACUAAACUGGGGGGAGAUUGAGGAAAAAGAGAGGACAUGGAAAAGAGACUGAGAGAGAUGGAGCAGGAAUGGUUGAGGGGAGAGAUGCGGGACAAAAUGAGGGAGAUAAAGAAAAAACUGAGGAGAGAUUUAGAGAAGAAACAUAAGAGAGAGGUAGAGGAACUCAAUAAAGAGAUGGAGAAGAAAUGGAAUGAGAUGGAGGAACUGAAGAAAGAGAUGGAGGAAAAACAGAAAGAGAUGGAGAAAAAACAGAAAGAGAUGGAGAAAAAACAGAAAGAGAUGGAGAAAAAACAGAAAGAGAUGGAGGAAAAACAGAAAGAGAUGGAGAAGAAACUGAGAGACAUGAAGGAGAUACUGAGAGAGGUGGAGGAGUAUCAGAAGAGAGAUGAGGAGGAACAGAGGAGGGAAGAGCCUGAAGAGAUCCACAGAAGAAUCAAGUGCCUGAAGGGGUUUGUCCAGAUGUAUCAAAAUGAGAAGCCGCAGGUUACACAUUUUCUCACAGAACUCAACAGGAUUGCUGAUGAACUGGAUGAGGGUGACAGGAAGGCUACCAUCGCUAAGACUAUAGGGAGCUCUGUUUCUGUUGUCGGGGGGGUCAUGGCCGUUGCAGGGCUAGCUCUGGCUCUUUUUACGUGGGGAGCCACCCUUGGACUGGUUCCUGCAGGGGCUGGGGUGACUGUAACUGGGGGAGUAUUCAAUGUUAGCGUAGAAAUAGCAAAGGGUGUGAGAGCUAGAGAUAAGAACAAGAGACUAGAGGAAACAGUGAAUGACAUUAACAGUAAAAUGAAAGCACUUGGUGGAAUGUGCUAUACAAAACUUGCUAAUUCAUAUAGAGGAUAUAUUGGGUCUCUCUUAAUUGGCAUUUAUAGGAAAACCCGUGCUGCUCUGGGCUUGUCUGAUGAUGUUGCUGCGAUUGCAGUAGGCCUGGCUGUUGAUGUCCCUCCUUCAGUGAUCUCUGAUGUAGGCAGAGCAUUGAGAGAUCCUUGUGCUGGAGUCUUUGCAGCUGUGGAUGCCUUGAACAUUGCUUUAAAUAUCAGAAAGCUUAUUGAGUGCCAUCCAACUGAAAAAGCACAAGAGAUUCGCUACCUUGUGAAAAGUUUGAAAGAAUCACAGCUAGCUGAGCUAGACAACAUCAAUUCAGACAUAAAUAUGAUUUUAAAUAAAUAUUUGGGUCCACUGGCUGUGGAGGAUGGUGCACUCAAAAAAAGAUUCUACUGUCAGAUGUGCAGGUACUUUAUCAACAACAGUGCAAACAGAACUGUGGCAUUGACUCCAGCUAAGGAACUUCAUGGGAAGCACAUGGUGCCUCCUAUAGCCUGGAGAUCGACGACUAUGACUGGGAGUUCCCUGGGGCCGCACACAAUUGUCCAAGCACCGACUGGGUGGGGAGGGUUUGAGUCGGCCCAGUAAUCCUUGUCUUACUGCACGAGGGACUCCUGUGAUGGCUGGGCACCUGCAAGUGGUCUGCGGAACUGUGCUUCUUCCAAUGGCGCGAUAGCUCUGGUUGCCUUCGCUGUCAGCUUGUGGGGUGAAAAAAGGAGGUCAGCUGACAGAACACACUUCGGAGGAAACGUGUGUCUUAGUCUCUCCUGAGUCCACAUGGGAGUUGCAGCACUAAGAGAAGGUCUUAAAAACUAUUGGAUAUUCCAAAUUGGGAGAAAAUGGGGGUAAAAAAUAAUUGGCGAUUCCAAAAAAAAAAAAAAAAUCCUAACAGGAAUGAAAUAGUAAAUCUCGUUAGAAUGCAGGGUCCUCCAUGUCUUUUACAUCCAGAUCUGGGUAGAAGCUGAGGCUCUACAAGCAGACCUGGGCUGGACUUCCUGAUCAGCUAUGAUAUUUGUUAAACAUUAUUCAUGAGCUGCUCCUCCUUCCAGCCAAAUAGUGGAGAGGGGGGGGAGCCACAAUAACAUUACUCUGCCACGCAUCAAUGUGAACGAUAGAAUAUAUGUAUGCAAAUGAUAUAUGUAUAAUAUCAAGUCUAUAUGUGAUAAAGUUAAAAGUGUACUGCAAUCCAUGUUAUUCAAAUUGAAUACAAUUCAAUGAUACUGCAUUGCUUUAUGUUAGUCUCUGUCUCUCAAUUGGAUAGUUGCAGCUGGGGGCAAAAGUAGCAUUAUACCACAGCUAUAGGUAACCCUGGUCCUGGAGAGCCACAGUCCUGUAGGUCGUGGUUUUGUAGGUAUCUCUUAAUCAUCAAUGACUAAAUAGCCAGAAAAAUGGUCAUCACACUCAGUGCUGUGACAUCACGGUGGUCCUGUAACUGGGGGAGUAUUCAAUGUUAGCGUAGAAAUAGCAAAGGGUGUGAGAGCUAGAGAUAAGAACAAGAGACUAGAGGAAACAGUGAAUGACAUUAACAGUAAAAUGAAAGCACUUGGUGGAAUGUGCUAUACAAAACUUGCUAAUUCAUAUAGAGGAUAUAUUGGGUCUCUCUUAAUUGGCAUUUAUAGGAAAACCCGUGCUGCUCUGGGCUUGUCUGAUGAUGUUGCUGCGAUUGCAGUAGGCCUGGCUGUUGAUGUCCCUCCUUCAGUGAUCUCUGAUGUAGGCAGAGCAUUGAGAGAUCCUUGUGCUGGAGUCUUUGCAGCUGUGGAUGCCUUGAACAUUGCUUUAAAUAUCAGAAAGCUUAUUGAGUGCCAUCCAACUGAAAAAGCACAAGAGAUUCGCUACCUUGUGAAAAGUUUGAAAGAAUCACAGCUAGCUGAGCUAGACAACAUCAAUUCAGACAUAAAUAUGAUUUUAAAUAAAUAUUUGGGUCCACUGGCUGUGGAGGAUGGUGCACUCAAAAAAAGAUUCUACUGUCAGAUGUGCAGGUACUUUAUCAACAACAGUGCAAACAGAACUGUGGCAUUGACUCCAGCUAAGGAACUUCAUGGGAAGCACAUGGUGCCUCCUAUAGCCUGGAGAUCGACGACUAUGACUGGGAGUUCCCUGGGGCCGCACACAAUUGUCCAAGCACCGACUGGGUGGGGAGGGUUUGAGUCGGCCCAGUAAUCCUUGUCUUACUGCACGAGGGACUCCUGUGAUGGCUGGGCACCUGCAAGUGGUCUGCGGAACUGUGCUUCUUCCAAUGGCGCGAUAGCUCUGGUUGCCUUCGCUGUCAGCUUGUGGGGUGAAAAAAGGAGGUCAGCUGACAGAACACACUUCGGAGGAAACGUGUGUCUUAGUCUCUCCUGAGUCCACAUGGGAGUUGCAGCACUAAGAGAAGGUCUUAAAAACUAUUGGAUAUUCCAAAUUGGGAGAAAAUGGGGGUAAAAAAUAAUUGGCGAUUCCAAAAAAAUCCUAACAGGAAUGAAAUAGUAAAUCUCGUUAGAAUGCAGGGUCCUCCAUGUCUUUUACAUCCAGAUCUGGGUAGAAGCUGAGGCUCUACAAGCAGACCUGGGCUGGACUUCCUGAUCAGCUAUGAUAUUUGUUAAACAUUAUUCAUGAGCUGCUCCUCCUUCCAGCCAAAUAGUGGAGAGGGGGGGGAGCCACAAUAACAUUACUCUGCCACGCAUCAAUGUGAACGAUAGAAUAUAUGUAUGCAAAUGAUAUAUGUAUAAUAUCAAGUCUAUAUGUGAUAAAGUUAAAAGUGUACUGCAAUCCAUGUUAUUCAAAUUGAAUACAAUUCAAUGAUACUGCAUUGCUUUAUGUUAGUCUCUGUCUCUCAAUUGGAUAGUUGCAGCUGGGGGCAAAAGUAGCAUUAUACCACAGCUAUAGGUAACCCUGGUCCUGGAGAGCCACAGUCCUGUAGGUCGUGGUUUUGUAGGUAUCUCUUAAUCAUCAAUGACUAAAUAGCCAGAAAAAUGGUCAUCACACUCAGUGCUGUGACAUCACGGUGGUCCUGUAACUGGGGGAGUAUUCAAUGUUGGCGUAGAAAUAGCAAAGGGUGUGAGAGCUAGAGAUAAGAACAAGAGACUAGAGGAAACAGUGAAUGACAUUAACAGUAAAAUGAAAGCACUUGGUGGAAUGUGCUAUACAAAACUUGCUAAUUCAUAUAGAGGAUAUAUUGGGUCUCUCUUAAUUGGCAUUUAUAGGAAAACCCGUGCUGCUCUGGGCUUGUCUGAUGAUGUUGCUGCGAUUGCAGUAGGCCUGGCUGUUGAUGUCCCUCCUUCAGUGAUCUCUGAUGUAGGCAGAGCAUUGAGAGAUCCUUGUGCUGGAGUCUUUGCAGCUGUGGAUGCCUUGAACAUUGCUUUAAAUAUCAGAAAGCUUAUUGAGUGCCAUCCAACUGAAAAAGCACAAGAGAUUCGCUACCUUGUGAAAAGUUUGAAAGAAUCACAGCUAGCUGAGCUAGACAACAUCAAUUCAGACAUAAAUAUGAUUUUAAAUAAAUAUUUGGGUCCACUGGCUGUGGAGGAUGGUGCACUCAAAAAAAGAUUCUACUGUCAGAUGUGCAGGUACUUUAUCAACAACAGUGCAAACAGAACUGUGGCAUUGACUCCAGCUAAGGAACUUCAUGGGAAGCACAUGGUGCCUCCUAUAGCCUGGAGAUCGACGACUAUGACUGGGAGUUCCCUGGGGCCGCACACAAUUGUCCAAGCACCGACUGGGUGGGGAGGGUUUGAGUCGGCCCAGUAAUCCUUGUCUUACUGCACGAGGGACUCCUGUGAUGGCUGGGCACCUGCAAGUGGUCUGCGGAACUGUGCUUCUUCCAAUGGCGCGAUAGCUCUGGUUGCCUUCGCUGUCAGCUUGUGGGGUGAAAAAAGGAGGUCAGCUGACAGAACACACUUCGGAGGAAACGUGUGUCUUAGUCUCUCCUGAGUCCACAUGGGAGUUGCAGCACUAA